CUCACAAUCAACCCCUCUCCGAGCAUAUACCAUGUACAAACUGCACUGUCAACUGCACGGUACAGUCAGCGCCGAUUACACACCCGCAGACGGAGCACCCGGGAGAUUGGGAUAGGAAGGUUGGAGGCAAAGGGAAAUCAUGGGAAACGGGAUUGAAUCAAUGCCGCCGCCUCCUUCCCUCCUUUUCCUGUCCUUUCACCAGCUACCUUCCAUUCGCACGUCCUGCCGUCACUGUUUCCUUGGUGCUGUUUGGAUACGGGACCUGCGCGCGCUUCAGGCUUUGCUUGGGUCGGCGUGCUGACGAGAUUUUUUCGAGCUUCGCUCACAUGCCUUCGGGGAAUCCCUGGACUUGUUUGCAAUUUGGCCACUUGGAGGCCAACACGAUACGCCUGCUUGGUUUCUAUUUUCCCGUUCAAUCAAUUCGAUUGUGUAUCCUGGUCGGGGACACCGGUCGGAGAAUGAGAAAGAGGCGGGGAAACAGUUAUGGGCGCCUAGUUGCGUCUCGAACCAUUAAUGUAUCCCGGUAA